AUGCCGCUCAAGGACCGCGUUUCAAGAUGGAAAGGCCGUAUACGCGGUACGGAGAAGCCUACCGGUCAGCUAGAACAGAAUCUCGCAAGCGACAGCGAAAUAAUCUCAUCACAAACGUCUUCCAAUGGCCCCCAAAUCACCUCAAAUGACUCUCAUACAAGCUUUCAGUCGCCGAUAUUAGGAAAAGGCCAGCGCAACCUGUGGCAUGAGGCCUUUGAUAAAUUACCUCAGAACUCCAAACAAGAACUUGAAAGCCGAGGGAUGAACCAGAAAACUGCAGCUACAAUUGAAGAAUUCCGAAAGGAAGCAGAAAAGGUGCGAGACAAAAGUCAAGAAAGGGAAUGGAAGGUUCAGAUAGGAAGCCAUGAGCUCCCAAUUAGACAAACGGCUGUUCAGAUCCUGGAUUGGGCCAACAAGAUCGGAGAUAUUGCCAUCCAGUUUGCGCCGUCACCCGGCGCCGGUGUCUGGGCUAUCGCGAAGUUUCUCCUCGGCGGACUCGAUACCUUCGAUACCGAAAAGUCCGCUCUCCUUUCUGUUGUUGAGAAGGUGGCGGAGGCCAUCUUCUGCGGCGAGCUUUACUACAAAAUAUACACACUCGAGCGUACUGGAAGAGCGGACGUCGUAACCAAGCUUCACGACACGCUGGUGGACCUAUACAGCUGCGUAUUGGGACUUUUGGUCAAAUCAUUGGAUCUUUCGUCAAACACUGCGGUGCAAUUUUGCCGAGCUAUUUUUGAUCCCAGUAAGCCGUCUGAAAUGCUGACGAGUUUGGAAGCGAAAGAAAAAGCUCUCCGGGUGGCCGCGGAAAGGUGCGAGAUCACAGCCGACGCUCUCUCAGAUGAAACUUUGAAGGUAUAUCUUCAGGCAGCUCAGAGCUCACUGGAUCAGGUCAUUCAGUGGGUCAAUGAAGAGGAACGCCGAGAACUGCUCGAAUGGGUCUCUAAUGUCCCGUAUGGUCUACAUCAUGAGGAGAUCGAAGACCGCCGAAGCCUCGAUACAGGUGACUGGCUUCUUCAGCAUGAAAAGUUUCGGACAUGGAUGGAUUCAUCUUCAUCUAGUAUCUUAUGGCUUCAAGGAUCCCCCGGCACAGGAAAGACUUUUUUGACGUCAGGCGUGGUGAGAAAUGCCAUACACAAUGUAGGGUCCCAGAUGCACGGGCUGGCUUUUUUCUUCUGCAACCACGCCGAAAAAGAUCGGCGUGAAGCCCUCCCGGUGCUUCGAAGCUUGGUUCGUCAGCUUGCUGCACCGAAGAGCAACACCCAUGCCGCCAGAAGAGGCCUUCGAGAAGCACGAAAACGAGCUACCGACAAAGGAUCAGGUCUCGGUCUCUCAGAGUGCCGUCAUCAGCUCUUGGACUCAUUCAACUCGUAUCUAGAAACUAUCGUUAUUCUUGAUGCACUGGACGAGAUGGUGAACGAAGAACUUGUUUUAUUGAUCAAGGAGAUCAAUAAUAUUAUAUCAGACACUCGAGAUAGAACCAAUGUUAAGAUAUUUGUCUCCAGUCGGCCUGAUGAAGAGGUCGAAGUGGCCUUUAACUCGGGCCCAACUGUCACCAUCCAAGCCACCGAUAACAGAAACGACAUUGAGAAGUUUGUGACCAAUGAGUUGGACAAAUUUGGAAGAACACAUCCAAAAUCUGUCGUCAAUUUGAGAAAGGAGAAGAUCACUGAAGACAUCCUUGAUAAAUGUGACAAUAUGUUCUUGUGGGCUGCUCUCCAAGUCAAGGAAAUAUUGAAAUGUAAAAUGCUUGAAUCGCUUGAUCGUGCACUCGAACAGCUUCCGAAAGAUUUGAGCGAAUCGUACGAUCGCAUCAAUCGAAAGAUUCAGAGUCGUCCUGUCCCCGAGAUGGAGAUAGCUCACCGCACGAUUCAGUGGGUCAUGACUGCACCUCACCCGCUCACCAGCGAAGAGCUCCUCUCUGCCGUUCGCAUACAGAUUGAAAAUGAUGCCAUCACGCUGAAAGAUUUUAUUGAGCAAGACGUUUUGCUAUCCAUCUGUGAAAAUCUUCUAAUCGUUGAUUCCAAUGGUCAAUGGAGAUUUUUUCACCUUUCUGUCCGCGAGUAUCUUCAGAAGAUCCCUGAUUUCAACCAACAAGAACGUCACCGUUGUGCUCAAGUCUGCUUUCUAUCUCUGAUGAGGACCUUUGGCAAUACGACAACUGAUUUCUUGCCAGACAAAAUCGAUUCAAACCCGUCUUCCGAGCACUUCAUGGAUCCGUUCAAUGUCACCAAUGCAUUUUCUCGGCAUAUUCAGAUAUGCUGGCCAUUCUACGCUUCUGAAUUGACUGAGAAUGAUGUGCCGUUCGUUUCUCUGGAAAGGUUUCUUGGAUCAGCCGACAGGAGCAGCCCCUUCUUUUUACGAUGGUUUGAUUACAUCUUUGAGGAUCAAGAAUUCGUUAUCUUCCGAUCCUUGAAAGUUCUGUAUAUGACCAGAUCUGAAAUUGCACCCUGUGGGACACCGAUUUUCGCUAUAACAUACUUCUCGUUGUGCGAAAUCUUCUCUAAAUUUUACGAAAACUGUGUUCUCGACCCUCUCCAAUUUAACAACAAGGGAGAGAAUUUGUUUUACAUAGCUGCCAGGAGUGCCUGCAUGCCAAUUUUGAGAACCCUCGUAUCGAAUAAUGUUGCCAUCGAAAAGGUUCUCCUCGACAAAGCUUAUUCUAUGGCAGCUAGCGCUGCUUCCAGAUCUGAAAGCUUAAAUGCACUCGAAUAUCUCGUUGAGCAAGGAGCAGAUGUGAACCUUCCGCUUCAAGCAGGAGAUCAUGGCAGUGCACUUGCUGCUGCUGCUUACUGGGCAACCGAUAACCUGGAUACAGUGAGAUAUCUUAUUGAGCAGGGAGCAGAUGUGAACCUUCCGCUUCAAGCUGGAUAUUAUGGCAGUGCACUUGCUGCUGCUUCCAGGGCAUCCGACAACCUGGAUACAGUGAGAUAUCUCGUGGACCAGGGUGCAGAUGUGAACCUUCCGCUUCAAGCUGGAUAUUCUGGUAGUGCACUUGCUGCUGCUUCCAGGGCAUCCGACAACCUGGAUACAGCGAGAUAUCUCGUGGAGCACGGAGCAGAUGUGAACCUUCCGCUUCAAGUUGGAGACUACGGUAGUGCACUUGCUGCUGCUUCCUGGACAUCCGAUAACCUAGAUGUAGUGAGAUAUCUUGUGGAGCAAGGCGCUGAUGUAAAUCUUCCGCUUCAAGUUGGAGGUUUUGGCAGUGCGCUUGCUGCUGCUUCCUGGGUAUCGAAAAACCUAGAUACAGUGAGAUAUCUUAUUGAUCAGGGAGCAGAUGUGAAUCUUCCGCUUCAAGCUGGAGAUCAUGGCAGUGCACUUGCUGCUGCUUCCUGGGUAUCGAACAACCUGGAUACAGUGAGAUAUCUUGUUGAGCACGGGGCAGAUGUGAACCUUCCGCUUCAGUUUGGAGACUGUGGCAGUGCACUUGCUGCUGCUUCCAGGGCAUCCGACAACCUGGAUACAGUGAGAUAUCUCGUGGACCAGGGUGCAGAUGUGAACCUUCCGCUUCAAGCUGGGCACUAUGGUAGUGCACUUGCUGCUGCUUCCAGGGCAUCCGACAACCUGGAUACAGCGAGAUAUCUCGUGGAGCACGGAGCAGAUGUGAACCUUCCGCUUCAAGUUGGAGACUACGGCAGUGCACUUGCUGCUGCUUCCUGGACAUUCGAUAACCUAGAUAUAGUGAGAUAUCUUGUGGAGCAAGGCGCUGAUGUGAACCUUCCGCUUCAAGUUGGAGGUUUUGGCAGUGCGCUUGCUGCUGCUUCCUGGGUAUCGAAAAACCUAGAUACAGUGAGAUAUCUUAUUGAGCAGGGAGCAGAUGUGAACCUUCCGCUUCAAGCUGGAGACUAUGGUAGUACACUUGCUGCUGCUUCCUGGGCAUCCGACAACCUGGAUACAGUGAGAUAUCUUGUUGAGCAGGGUGCAGAUGUCAACCUUCCGCUUCAAGUUGGAGACUACGGCAGUGCACUUGCUGCUGCUUCCUGGGUAUCGAAAAACCUGGAUACAGUGAGAUAUCUUGUUGAGCAUGGAGCAGAUGUGAACCUUCCGCUUCAAGCUGGAGAUUAUGGUAGUGCACUUGCUGCUGCUUCCAGGGUAUCGAACAACCUGGAUACAGUGAGAUAUCUCGUGGACCAGGGUGCAGAUGUGAACCUUCCGCUUCAAGCUGGGGAUUAUGGUAGUGCACUUGCUGCUGCUUCCAGGGCAUCCGACAACCUGGAUACAGUGAGAUACCUCGUGGACCAGGGUGCAGAUGUGAACCUUGCGCUUCAAGCUGGGCACUAUGGCAGCGCACUUGCUGCUGCUUCCUGGGCAUUUGACAACCUGGAUACAGUGAGAUAUCUAGUGGAACAAGGAGCAGAUGUGACGCUUCAAGUUGGAGGUUUUGGCAGUGCACUUGCUGCUGCUGCCUGCAGUUCCAAAAACCUGGAUACAGUGAGAUAUCUCGUGGAACAAGGAGCAGAUGUUAAUUCUCUGCUUCAAGCUGGGCACUAUGGCAGCGCACUUGCUGCUGCUUCCUGGGCAUUUGACAACCUGGAUACAGUGAGAUAUCUCGUGCAACAAGGAGCAGAUGUGAAUCUUCCGCUUCAAGUUGGUCAGUUUGGCAGUGCAAUCAAUGCCGCUCUAUCCAAGAGCAAUAGCGAGGUGGCAGAAUACCUGCGCAGGGAACAAACAAUAGCCCUGACAGAGGAUUGA